AUGUUGAACUUCGAUUUGAUCAUAGCGAAUACUCAACUAUCUGUCUUAUACCUGUUCCCCGUUGCCGUUUUUGGCCUCUUCCUCAAUCUUUACCGCAAGUCCAUACUUGGAAGAUCAAACCGAAGCAAAGUUCAAGCGGGGAACGCAUAUACGGCUUUGAAUGAAACCAUUAUAUACAAGCCUCAUGCCGCCCAGAACUCUCUUCAAGACUUGAUCGAAAUUGAUGGAGCUGGAACAUGGCCUCCUACAACAGUGUAUGGCGAUGCUUGGCCAGAGGCCCUUCGACCAUUCCACGACAUUUAUCAAGCCAUGGCACCUGCUCUUUCAACUGCAGAACUUAGCGGUGACGAUGUAAAGAACUUUCAACGAUGCUUGGACUUCCGCAUGCAGAUGAGAACACUCUACAAUGAUCAAGUCAAUAUGGACGAGGUAAAGGCUCUGUUAGACGCAGCAGAAAACGAUGAGAAUUCUCUAUCCCGUGCAGCUUGGAAUGGUUUUUUCGCUUGUAUUGCGUUGUCUAGACACUCUUUCCGUUGGGGAACAAUUCCUAUAGUUAAGCUUGCUCAAGAAGAAAAAGUUAUCGACUUCCCAGCCUGUCUCGACCUCGCCUGGCCAUAUCUCAAGAGACGAUAUGGAGUUACAUCUCAAGGAGGCAAUGUCGCAAGUAACUAUCUCUGUAACUUUGACGAUAAUGAUCAAAUUGCCUACCCUAUCAAUCCCACCAUGGACGAGCUCAUCCAAUCUGCUGAAUACCAUUUCGGUCAUGUGUUCCCUCACAUCGAAAGGGAAGCUCUUUCGAUCUAUCACAUGGUAACUAAAGCCAUUCAACAAUACUCUAACGGCGACCGCUCUGGCACCUUGCAAUCGCUCAAAGGAAUCAACAAGGAGUUGCGCAUACCCUUGAAGACUUACUACGAAACCAUGCACGAAUCCAAGAUCUCACGAAAAGUCUGGAUGCACUACGCGCAAGGAUUCCAAGGUUGGGCUGCUGGUGAUAUCGACCCUAUCACCGGAGAAUAUACUGAAUAUGAUGGACUUUCCGGUAAUCAAUUGCUAUUACCGCAAAUUAUGGAUGCUUUCUUGGGACUUGACAGGUAUUUGAACGAGGAGAACACACAACGCUACAUGCCAAAGUUACAACGCAAAUUCCGCGAAACUAUCGCUGAACAUAGCUUCCGCAAUGAGGCCAAGCAAAAUGGAGACGAUGAUAUCGAGAACGAAAUGAACAACAUUGUCAAACAAAUGAGAGUUUUCAGAACAGCACACAGAGUCAGAGUCAAGCCGUACUUGAGUGUACCAGCCCCAGAGCGCAUGAUCAUGACAGCUGGAAAGUCUGUGCUAGAAAAGGAUGAUGUUCAUGAUUACGAGUCUGCUAUCGCACCUCUGGAUAAGAUGUUGAAGGAUAGACUGAUGGCGACGAAAUAG